GAACUCUUCACCUCGCUGGGCAACGGUCACUUCUUCCAGGCGCUGAAUUUGUUCGACUGCGGUUGUGAGGCCAUCAACGACGCUGGGUGCCGGUACACCUGCGGCCGCGACCAGCUGCUGACGGAGGCCGUCGCCGAGGGCGUGCCCAGCCUCAUCCUGAGGCACGAGACCCCGAGGCCCGUGCGCGCGAAGAUCGCCGCGCUCCUCAACGCGAAGCGGGACUACCACUGGACGCUGAGCGAGGACGGCAGCGUCGACACGUCCACGAUGGAGGAGAACACGAGCUACUGCUCGCAGUUCGAGUGGUUAAGCAAGGGCAUGGACGCGCAUCAAGUGAACUGCCUCGUCAGGACGCAUUUGGGUAUCCGCGACAGCAAACGCAUCCAGGGUUGA